AUGCAUUUCAGCAACAUUUUCCUAUCCAUCUUCUUGGUCUUCGCCGUCGGCUUCGCGCUGGUUCAAGCCGAGGAUGCCAAGCGGGAAACCCGUGGUCCCAAGAUCACUAGCAAGGUCUAUUUUGAUAUUCAACAUGGCGAUGAGUCCCUAGGUCGCAUUGUGAUGGGUCUGUACGGCAAGACCGUUCCUGAGACCGCAGAGAACUUCCGUGCCCUGGCCACAGGCGAAAAGGGCUUCGGCUACGAGAACUCCGCUUUCCACCGUGUCAUCAAGGACUUCAUGAUUCAGGGUGGUGACUUCACCAAGGGUGAUGGCACCGGUGGCAAGUCUAUCUAUGGCAACAAGUUUAAGGAUGAAAACUUCAAGCUGCGCCACACCCGCCCGGGCCUCCUGAGCAUGGCCAAUGCUGGCAAGGAUACCAACGGCUCCCAGUUCUUCAUCACCACCGUCAUCACCGGUUGGCUCGACGGAAAGCACGUCGUCUUCGGUGAAGUCCUCGAGGGCAUGGACAUCGUGUACAAAAUCCAGGAUGUCCCCGUCGGUGGUGGCUCCAAGCCCCAGAAGCCCGUCAAGAUUGUGAAGAGCGGAGAGCUCGAGAUGGAGGCGGAACCCGAAGACAAAGAAUACGACGACUACCCGACCGAUGAAGCGCCAGUGGACUCCUACUCUUUCUCGAUGCGGCCCAUGCUGAUCUUUCUGGUGCUGGUGGCGAUCGUCGGAUUCUAUUUCUAUCGCCGUCGCAACCAGCAGGGAAAUGGUGAUGACGACUAUAAGGAAUACUUGUAG